CGAAGUCGUGAACGUUCAGAGCAGAGUUCGGAUCGAUCGGCCCGCAGAGCGUAAGCGCCGAUCAUGGGUCGGCGCUCUUCCCCCGUCCUCUCACUGCACUUCGAGAGCUGCCUGUGCAGAGCCCGAUGCGAGAGCCUGAUAGAGCAGGUAGCAAUAACCCCAACGACAGGACUAUACACUGCAACAAUAUUGCGACGACUUGUCGGCAAUGGACCUUGCAGCAAAAGCCUCAGGUUCGGUGCCACAAAUUAAGGACAGGUUCAGGAUCUCGGACUCCUCGUCUUCAACUGACACAACACAUACCUCUUGCGUUCCGGAGUCGACUGCGCUUGAAGGAGUCGAGAGGGUGUUCAGAUGAAGAGACCAGUCGAGGCGAGCGCAUAGUAUGCUAUUGCUGCUAUCUGUGCCACAUGAAGUCCUCCCUAGCCACGGUCGGCACGGUGACACGGCUGCACAAAAAGAGGAAAGUCCCGCCCCGACGCGAGGGGCGACAUCGCCCCUCUUCCCCACGGCAAAGUCCAGAGCUGACUUCGGAGCGCCGCCGGAUGCGCACGGCGAAGAGGUAUCUUAUCUCCAGAGAUAUUGACUGCAGUCUUGCGGUGCGCCAUGUCUAUUCUCUCCUGGACGUCAUGGCGAUCCUGAAGGCCAAGGGAUCGUCAGGGGAUAGAAACGCGUACGUAGCUUAUCAGUGCGCUCCUUCGCUCUAUAUUUUGUAUGGUUCUGGAGGGGAAGGACGUUAAGCGCCCGACCUUCGACAGGAGUUGCACUGUGGCCGAUAGCGCCGAAGUUAGGCGCCAAGAGGUCGGACGGUGUGUCUCUGUUCCAUGGCGUUGUGCCUAGGGAUAUCGCAGAGACGGGCAGGGACGGAGCUUUGGACAGGAAAGCUGACAGCAGAGGCUUCCAGUGCAGUCGCGACUGGGCGGGGGAGAGCAAGGGGAGACGAUCGUGCGGGGCAGGUGACCAGUCACGAGGUCAGCGGUUGACUUUGAU